GUGAGAAGCGCGUUGAUCGCAAUCAACUUCGUCUGACUCGUCCCGGAAGCAAUAAUUCCGGCAGCGCUCUUGGCAACAAGAACCGCUUUGGCAAGAGCAAGGGACCCGUAGAGGAGCGCAAAGUGGGCAACUCCUUUUCUAUCCUUCAGAUGGCCCCUCCGGAGUCGCCUGGCGUGGAGGAGCCCACGCCCUCCAUGGAUACUGAAGUGGAGGACUCCAAGGUCAAGGGCGAGAAGCUGGCUCGCAAGAGCGAGAACUGCAUCAAGGAGUUUAUUGUUAACCCCGACAAGAAGGAGAUUGAGCUGCUUUUGGAGAGCUCGUCUGAGCUUGGCGUCAAGGGCGGCCACGAGGCUUUUGUCUCUUCAUUGGCCACUCGCCUGGCUUUUUUCAAGAAGGCAGAUCAAGACUUGGUCAUGGAGCUCUUCGAGCAUCUGCUGGCAACUGACAAGCUUGAAAGCGAAGCUCUUGAACAAGGAUUGAGCGACGUGCUGCGCAACAUGCCCGACAUCAAGCUUGAUGCACCCCGGUUCCCUGAACUCUGUGCACGUAUCAUGGCAACUGCCUUCCAGCACGAGCGUUUGCCCCUCUCUUUUAUCAACGGCGAUUAUCAGAAGGCUCUUGCGCCGAUUGAUGUGCUUCGUUUCAUCCUGACUGUUGCCCAACAAGCCAAGAAUGUUUCUUCAGAGAAGCUGGCUCGUGAUGUCAUCGCUACACUGCCCAAGCCCAUUAAGGAGUACCUUCCCCCUCGCUACGAUGAGAGUGAUUUGAAGUCAGAAAUGAGCAAGCGGGAUGUUCUCUUCUUGCUGCAGAGCGCCGCGCCGGAACAAGCACCAGAGCUGUCUGCGGACAUGUCCUAUGACCAGGUCGUCGCGCACCUGCGCAAGGAGUUUCCUGAGGUGACUACUGACCCAAAACAGGCCCGUGCCGUCAGCAAGGCCCUGGCGCUUCGAUUCUCAUCAGUUGACGAGAUUGACAACGCUUUGACUUCAUUGACCAAUGAGCAAGAGCUUGCUGAGGACGUGGACGUCGAGCUCAUCCAGGGUGUGGUUGAGGGUGCCAAGGCCAAGCAGUUUCCCGAGGGCUUCCUGCAUGGCGUUUUGACAACCUAUCAGCCCACCGUCAAGGCUUUGAACUCAUGGUUGAGCCGCUACAAGUCAGACGAGGGCUCAGCCUCUAGCCAAGUUGAGCAGGCUCGGGAUGACAUCAGCCAGAGCAAGGCUUAGGCGUGUGUUUUCUUUUUUUUUUUUAUACACAUAUCAUGUGGCCUCAACGUUGAACGUUGCUGUGUCGAGCCACCGCGUUUAUCGCCCCUGCUUGUUUGUUGGUGUGUUGUACUGCAUGCAGUAAAUAUUAAUCUUGCUUGGCAUGUUGAUCCUGCUUGGUUUGCUUCCAGAUACCUUGUUCACGGGGUUGACAUGAAAAUGCGAUCUUCUCUAGCAUUUGAACUUUUAGUCUUUGAUUUUCCUUUCUUUUUUUUUUUUUUCCUUUAAAGUUUGGCGUCGAAUUGACGCACAAAAUU